UUUAGUGAGCUCUUAGUUGUUGAGCAACUCUGGUCGUUAGUUCAGAACCGGGUACCUUUAGAUUUAGACCUGUCUGCACCGAGCUGGGCUGUCUGGACUAAUUCUGGUUACUAUUUGUUCUUGGAGAGCUGCUGUAAGAAGCUGUUUCCUGCUCAGCGAUGGCUAAUGAGCGGCUCAGAGCUCUGGAGGAGGUAGAGAAAGAGAUAGCGAUGACCCUGCAGUGUGCCGGCAAUAUAGUUCUGGAACUCUCCAAAGACAAACACAAUGCCAGCCUCCUGGACCGACAGCUUGUCCAAUUCCAAAGCUCUGUCAACCGAGUGGAGAAUGAACUGAGCACCCAGAUCCGCUACCUCACACAGGUAGCUACUGGUCAACCUCAUGAGGGCUCCACUUAUUCAGCAAGGAAGGACUGUCAGAUGGCACUAAACAGAGCAGAGUACGCUAAGGUCAAACUGGGAGAACUGGGACGGACCUGUGAAGUCAUGUUGGAGCAGCAUCAGCAGCAGACAUGAGAGCAAAGAGGGUAGCUGGCUGAGUUGGAAGAUUUCAUUACCCAAUGUGACUGUAUCAGACCUCAUUACACAUUGAAAUCUUUUAAUUAUCAUUUUUUUUAUUGUAAUUACAAUACUAGUCUCUCAGAAAAAGCAAAGAAAAAAAGUUGUACACAAGACUUUUUAUUUUUGAAGUAGUGUAUGUUGUAUCGACCCUGUUACAAUACUACUUAUACAAUACCAAGAAUUUUUUUUUGUUGAUAUUUUGAGCACUGAAGAAUGAAAGAAGUUACUUUCCAACAAUAUUUAGUAAAAUGUUUCUAACAGUCCUUACAAUGUCUUACAUUUCAUAGCCUUUUGGAUGAAUUGAAAGCCUAUCCAGUAACUGUUUUUUAUGACAGACCUCAAUCAAUCUGAUGUUACUAACAGGAAGACACUUCACUUUUAGGUACAAUGGACAGUGAGUGAAGUCAUGUUUGUUUCCCAAAUUCCAGACUGUCCUCAUGAACUCUACACGUUUCCUAUGUGCUUUAAUCUGGACCUUUUGUGUUUUACGCCAGUUCAAGAUUACAUCACUUUCCAUUUGACAGGUGGAAAUCCUUUUCAUAAAAACAAAAAAAUGGCUGUUUGACAACCUAUCUUAUGUUUGAAAGAAGACUUUGACGUGUUUGUUGGCCCUGUAAAGGACUGAUGACAUCUCCAAAGGGUACCCGACCUCCUGUCCUUUGUCCCUGCUGGGAUUGGCUCAAGCACCCACUCCAUAGAUGUAAUGAAGACAAAGAACGGCUGGCACGUGAACAGUCAUAUUGUAGAUACCCAUUCCAAUGAUUUACAUCACCUACAGCCUAAGAAAAGGAAAGAGUAUCUAUUCACAAAAUAAUUAAAACAUUUCAGUAUUUUUAUUACUCUACCGUAUGCUCUGCUCCACAAAUACAUAUGCAUUAAGUUUACUUCAUUAUAGAGAUGUUAAGUACAAAUCAAUAGGCAGCAGUAACAGAAGUUCAUCUGAAGUUGCCAUCAGUUACACUGAUUUGUUAAGAAAACAGCUGACUUACAGUACCUCAUUUAGCAUAACACUUGCUAAAUGUACAGUUGCCUUAGCAUUUAAAUUUCUUCUGUUUUUACACUAACAUGGGACAGACUUUUGGCUGUAUGGUCCAUCUAUCCUGUCUUUAUCUUCGUCUUGGCCUGUGGGGUUGAUGUGUCCUGUUAUCUCCUACAAGUGACACUGCUGCUCGCCAGACUUGCCGAAAAGAGGGUCUCAUCCUCACUUGUGUGAGCAGUCAUCCCAGGCACACAAAGUCCUUCAAACACAAAGCCAUCAACCUGAGAGGAAGAACUUCAGAGAGAGAGAAUUUUAUCUUAUCUUUUAUUUUGAUAAGAGUUUUAUUAACAAACUGUCAAAAAAGUUUGAGGUCUGACAAAAGUCUGGCAGUCAUACCAAGUAAUGCCUAUGAUGAUAAUAACUUUCAUGAAAAACAUGUAACAAUCCUUAUAGGAUUCAGCGGUAGUACAAAGUGCUGCAACAUGUUAAUGACCGGGCUGUUUUUCCACCGGGUGUCACUAUGGGACCAGCGACCACUGUGUUUAAAAUGAAAAAGGUAAUUAAUCUUUAGAGUAAUUGGCUGUGAAGCCUGAAUGCUUAAAAAAAAAUAUCACUCAGAAUAAUCACUCUCACCAGACAUUGAUGAAAAAAUUACUUUAGGACGACAUGACAAUUAUGCAGUUUUUACUUAUCCUCUAGCGUUUUCCAAAAAAACAAUGCUCCUGAAGCUCCUGAAACACCUUGUCAGUAGACCAGUCAAUACUUUAGCACCAUAAUAAUAAUAAUCUUUAUUUAUAGAGCAAAACAUAUGUUUCAAAGUGCUUUCCAAAGGCAGCAUGUUAAAAAAAUCAGGUUUAGAAGAAACAGGUAAAAUACAUUAGUAUAUAAAUACAAAUGCUGUUUAAAAUGCUCAGUAAAAUAAAUUAUGACAGGUAUAGGAAAGUAAAGACUCAGGGUUCAGGAAAGGCUCUCCAAUAUUUAAGAAGGGACUUAAAAGAGUUUACUGAGUCAGCUGCUUUCCUCGGGCAGGUUGUUUCAGUGCCUUGGGGCCCACACUGCAAAUGCUCUGUCACCCUUAGUUUUCAGCCGGGCCUCUGGAACAAACAAGAGACCUCUGGCCGAGGAUCUCAAUGUGGGUACUGGUGUGUAUGAUUCUAAAAGGUCAGCAAUGUAGCAGGGAGCAAGGCCAUGAAGGGCCUUAAAAGUGAUCAAUAAAAUCUUAAAAUCAAUUCUUACACAUAUAACUUUAAAAAUGUUUACCAUUUUCAAAUAAACUUUAGAUUUAAAAAACUUUCAAAACAGGAUAUUUUCAAAUUUCACAUAUUUUUAAAUUACACACAUAUAUUCUCUCCGAGACAAGACAAAUGAUAGUGAAUGCUAAAUACUGCCUCUGAAUACUACUGAAUACAUUACUAUAUUCAAACAGUCAUGCUGAUAAAGCAAGUUGAUUUGAGUGGGUGGGUGAGUGGGUUUAUUUUACAGUAUUUGAUAAUGUUUUCAUCAAUAAAAGUGAGAGUUACUAUUUCAAUAAAAUCUAUUCAAUGUUUAACGAAAAUUAUAUUUUUUCCUUUCUUGUCUUAACGUAGGCACAAAACAUGGUGUAAAAAUGUAAACAUUAAGAAAACGCCUUCAAAUCCAAAUUACAGCCUGACGCAUUCAUUUCUGGAUUUGUAGUGCUCUCAGCAAGCAUGCAAACAAACAAGCACACGCUAGGUUUUAUUACACUUGUGAAUAAACUACUGAAAAGGCCUUCAAAGGUUUAAAGAUUUAACAGUGGAAAACACACGAUUUCAUAAGAAAGUCACAGCUAAUGGUCAUAUCACUACUUUGACAACUAAAGUUGCCAUGGCAACCCCACCCGACUUUGACACAGCCAAAGCAUAGAUUAUGGACCGGGCCAGUGUCCCGGGGCCUCCAAGCCCCAGGCUGUGUACAAUGCGUGACCCAAGACUUCAAAAGAACGUUGAAUGCAAGGUCCCUCAGUGCACACAGUGCAAGCUGACCAGUAGGCCUCUGGGUGCUUAUGGCAGAGCUAACCACUAUGGCCCCCAGACCCCUCAACGCUUAUAAUGUGAGGGCCUUAACCCUAACCCUUCUCUCCUUGAGCUGUCUGCUUCAAUACUGAAUUUCCUCCAACUUUCUCGCUUUUCUUUCUUUCCUUACUUGAGCCUGUGCCUUUUUAUAUUCAGCUUUUUUUUUAAAUUCUCUUUAAGAACUCUUUAAUUCUUUAAGAACUAUUUAUUUAUCUUUCCUAUCUCAUAUACUGUAAGUGCUGAAAUUGAUCCCAUUUAGCUUAACUGAAUAUCCACUCUUUCUACCUUUACUUCCCGGCCUAUGUGUAUGUUACUGAAUAUUGGGUAGUGGUCACUUCUAAUUGUUGAGUCUUCCCAUACUUCCCACUCACAUUUCCAUGCAACCUAACCUAAUACCAGUGUCAAAUCAAACUGCAGGCGCUGCAGUGCAAUCUCUAUGGGUGGGCUCGCACUGAGGUGAUUUCUUCAUACGUAAGCUGUUGCACUUGCAUCUUGGUGUUCCAAUCACGCCGUGGCUAUGAUAGCUAAUGCCUUAUUUUGCUACCCCUGCAUUUUAUGUCAUCCCGACAGCAGCAUGGACACCGCAUGGACAACUAUGCGUCAUUUCUCAGAGAAGGUGAAAAAGCAUCAAACAUCCAAGGUUACAGACAGA